AUGCGCCCCAAUGGCUCGACAGCUCGAAAUCAGUUCGCAAUUGCAUGUAGUUCGAGGAGGAUCAACACCAGCGCAAGAGGGAAAGGAGGUGGACGGAAGAAAGGAAGGAAAAGUGGGAGGGAUUCAACUUCCAUUCACUGGAUGCCGGACUUUGAGACUCGUCAGGAUCUCAAUCUCGAACAAUGGAAUACACCUUACGUCGAUUCAAGGACCUUCUCCCGCGACGGUGACGAGAGUCUGAUCCAAGCCUUCAUGAUGGAUCGCAAUGAGCCCGAGGUAUUGCAGCCUCAGGCUGACGAGGUCGACAGCUUUUGCGGGAAGGCUGGCUUGUCAGAUUGUCCGGAGAAUCACUUAGUCAUGAUGCUAGAUGAUAGGAGUUGUGAGCCUGGAAACGAGGGCGCAAGAGCCGGUCUAGGACCGUUGACCCCGCCAAUGGCAUUGGAAGCGCUUCGAAAGCCGCGCCUCCGAGUCCGACCCACAAAGCACCCGGCAAGCCCCGAGCAGCCGAGCCUAGUGAGCCAGCCUGGCACCCAACCUCGAGUGCCUGCGGCCGUGGACUGCACCGGCCACACCGCCCCUGCGGACCCUGGCCAAGGACAUGAGCCUGACGAGCCUGAUGCAGAACGCCGUCUGAUAUUCGUCACCGACCUCGACCGUUGGAGCAUCCAUGUGCUCAUCGCGACCGCUACGCUCCACCAGGAAUGUGCCCUAAGAGCUGCCAUCUUCAGGCAUCUGACCUGUGAGACUCUGAUUGGCAUUGAGUGUUCGACCGAAGGCUUGCUCACAUUCCGAUUAUCGCUCCAUUUGCCAUUCUACGCUUUGCGCACCUUUAAAAAGCCAUGUGAGAGGCCCAAGGACCAUCGCCAAUAUUCAGAUGGGACGAGUUUGAGGCUUUGCCGGGAUCUCUCCUUCCUCAACCGGUCAACAACCGAAUCCUCCGAAUAUCUCUGUGAAGCACAAAUAUCCUUCGUGAUAACUGGUCCGGACAAAUGGAGAUGGGUUGCGUAUUGCUUCGUGGAUGUUUACUACGAGAUGGAGGGAAAGGAGACCGUGUCAGAGUACUGUCAAGAUUCCACGGGCGAGGAGGGCAUGCGUGUUGAUCCACUCACCCUUGGCUGUGUUAAUGCAGAGACACCGACUCACGAUGCCCGAGAAUAUUUCCUGAAGGUCUCUUUGAUUCGGCUUAAUCAGGUGAAGCGUGAAUGGCAACAAAUUGUGGGAAGAUUCAAACACGAGGUUCGUGCCUACGAAGAGAACCCAUCGCCGGAUCUGGAAGACUUCGUGCCGCACACAGAAACAGAGAAGCAUCGUGCAGUCCGCCGCACCUUUAUUCAAUUAAGACAAGUAAGUAAGCUUACAAAGAAUCUGGCUCGCGAUCUGUCGAAAACCUACAAUGCUAUCGAGGAUUUCCUUCAAAACCAAACCCUGGCAAUGGCAGAAUUCUGCGAUCCAACAAGCACCAGCCACCAGUCUCUUACCGCCAUUCGCCUAAUUUGUAACGAGCUGGGGUCGCUGAAGCAGACUCUGGAAUCCUUGGCAGCUCGGUGCGCCGAACUUAUCCACGAUCUUGAGCUGUAUCACACCCAAGAAGCCAGUCAACUGAGCAAUCUUCAGAAUUACUGGAGUCUGCAGUCGUUGGAAAUCUCAAAACUACAGCGUCACCUUACUCAAAAAAGCAAUGAUCUGGCCAAGAUUGUGCUCCUGUUCUUUUCUCCUAUAUCACUCGCAUCAAGCGUCUUAUCGAUGCAGGGGCCGGUCGUUCCGUUCUUAUCACGAUCAUUCGGAUCAUUCAUUGGGUUGAUGUCCUUCUUUGUCAUGUUAGGGCUUCUCGUCAUCCUUAUCCAACAAUACGGAGGGGAUCUUUUCAACACCGCCCAGCCGUUCCUUCUUUUGAAGAAGAGAAUAAGACGUGUGAAGACCUUCAGCCAGGACCAGGAGAACACUGCGGGUGAUCCUUUACCGACUCGUGAACCUGGGUCUGGGAACCCGGAUAAUCCUCACGCUUAUACCCCGAAUUGA